AUGGUGAUGUCUUCGGAAGAAGAGACUAAAUCUUAUGACGUGGGCCUCCGUCCUCGUAAGAUGUGCAACACGGUGUCCGUAGCCAAGCUUCUUGGUGGUAUUGGGGAUGUUCUUGGCUAUAAGCUUUCUAUGCUUGGGCAGAAAGAGAAAGUGGUGGUGCCUAGUUCUUUAAAGAAGCCACAUUCAAUGUUUAUUGGCUCACUCCAGUUCAUCCUGGUUCUUGUUCCGUGCUUGGGAGGUAUACUGGGCGUGUCAGGAGAUUCUUCCCCAUCGAACAAACCUUCCAUGGGUUCUUUACUUUCAAAAUACAUUGUCACCCUGGAUUGGAGUAAUUGUGCCCCUCCACCGGCCACAAUGAAGUUGCUUGUGGCCCAAUCGGGCGCAUGCAUGCCCGGUGAACUUCAAUGUGUCGCUGCUCAAACUUCUACCCUUAUGGUUGUUGCUGCUAAUCGGGUUUUACACUUUGGCAUAAAUGAAGUGCAGUUAAAAACUUUGCAAGAUGAUGUUGCCAGCUUAAGGGAGGAACUCCGUGAUUUAGAGGCAGAGCGUCCAUUACUAUCUGACCAAAAUUGCAUUGUGGCCUACGAGAAGACCGCAUUGGAAGAUCAUGUGGAAACUCUACAAGGCCAAGUGUAG